AUGAAAACAGGUCUGCCCCCGUUCGGUGGUAUGAAUGGGUCAGGCUUGUUGCUUGGGCGUUUGCCUGAUGGCUCUUGGUCAGCGCCGUCAGCGAUUCUUCCGAACUAUUACUCGGCUGGCUUUAUGUUUGGUGUUGACGUUGUUGAUGUAUGUCGUUCAUGUAAAUCCAAGUAUACUUACAUUAAGAUCGUUCUUAUCAUCAAUACUGAUGAGAUGUUAAAGUCAUUUCGCACUCACAAAUUUGCCAUCACUGCUGAAACAAUUACAUCGUCAGGACCUCUUGGUACACCUGUUGCUGGCGGACUGGAGUUUACGAACAAAGUUGCACCCAUUUUCACCUAUGUGAAUUCCCGUGGAUUUUAUGCCGGCAUCGAGGUGACGGGACAAGUGUUCCUCGACCGAUUUGACGAAAACGAACGAGUGUAUUACUGGCCAGGUAUCAAAGCUGGUGAUAUUUUGGAUGGUAAAGUCAAAGUUCCAGAGUGCGCAGAGCCUUUGAUUCGAGCUCUUCGUGAAGCUGAAUAUGGCGUGGCUCAAGCUGGGGUCCUUGAAAAAAUGGAAAUGAUGAAGAAUUUGCCCUCGUCUAUUUAUACAGAAAAUUUGGAGCGCACACUCGACUCGCUCCAAGAAGGUGAGCAUAUUCAACUCCCUCCAACUCCAGAACAACUAGAUGCAAUGGAACAUGCAGGCUACAAGGACGAGUAUGAUGAAGCACUUGAAGAGCAGGAACGACAGGAAAUCCGCAGUCUACCACCGCCGCCUAUUCAUCCGUCUGCGAAGAAAGGCCAGAGAAAUAUCUCUGGAUCGACACAAUCGCCCAAACCUCCUGUCAUCCCCGCAAAACAUGCGUCUCGUCCCUCCACUGAAAUCAAGCCAGCUCAACCGAAAGGCGAGAGCCAGAUUAACUCGAAAAAUCUUGAGAAUUUGCAACCUACCAAUACAGAAGAUAAAAAUCAACAAAUUGAAAAUGAAAAAUCUUGA